AUGCCUGCCAAACGAACUACCAGCACCAACAGCAACCUUAGCAACCUCAGUGAGGAGCAGCUGCAAGAGUACAUCUUUGAUGCCCUUGAAAAGAAACCCAUCACAGGUACCUCUGAAGCUGGCUCAGAGGAGGAAGAAUCCACUCCUCAAGUCAUUGUGAUUCGCAGAUCAGCCAGACCUAGCGGUAGCCGUUCCUCUUCUCGCAGCCCUACAAGACCCUCCUCUCGCAGUCCUGCUGCUUCUCGCAGUCCUACCAGAAGGACCAAAGCCCAAAGGACUAAGUCAGCCUCGUCCUAUUCCAAGAGAGGGAGCACUGCCAUAGACCCGGCCAAGAUCAUCACUAUGCUAGAAGAUUUUGCAGGAAAAGAUGACAACACUGCUGGAGAGUACCUUCAGUUCCUCAAGAAAAAUGAACCCAAGACGGAAGCCAGUCCUUACAGGCCCACCCGGAGGGCUAGAACUCGUUCACCAAUGCCGAGGACCAGAAGUGCCGCAGGGCUGUCCAAGAGCCUUAGGUCUUCUUCCGUCAAGAACUUGAUCCCAGCGUCUACUGCUGCCUAA